UUAAAAGAGUCCACAUUUAUCAACACAAAGCCAUCAAGCAAGCAAAGCAAGAAGUCUCCAUUUCUCUCAAUCUCUCUCCGUCCACAAGGACCGUCAAUGGCCUCCAUCUUCAUGGGUUCUUGCAGAGUUCUGCUCUUCUCGGCUUUCUUCAUGUCUGUUUUCCUCUACCCAACUGUAACCUCAUUCGAGUUUGAAGUUGGAGACGACGAAGGAUGGGUUGUUCCUCCCGCAAAGGAUCAACAAUUCUACAACGAAUGGGCUUCACGGAACAGAUUUCAAGUCAACCAGACACUCCGAUUCAAGUACAAGAAGGACUCGGUGAUGGAGGUGAGCGACGAAGAGUACGACAACUGCAAAUCCAGUGAGCCAAUCUUCUUCUCCAACAACGGCGACACGGAGUUCAAGUUGGAGAGGCCGGGGCUGUUCUACUUCAUCAGCGGGGUCGCGGGCCACUGCGAGCGGGGCCUGAAGAUGAUCGUCAAAGUUCUGGAGCCGGAGAACCCGCCACCGCCGUCCCCACCAUCCGACGAUGCCUCAGCUUCUGCAACCAUGUCUUCUCCGACUGCAGUGGUGGCGGUGUUCUUGGUGUCAUUCUUUCAGGCUCUCUUGAUGUAGCUUUCUUAGUGCAUUAAUGGCCGUUUCCGGAGUAGCUGUUAACUGGUUUAGUGCAUCAGGGCAUUGUUAUUUUUACAUGGAUGCUAUGAAUUAGAAUGUGGCCACAUUC